AUGAGAAUGAGAACCCUUCUGAAAAUUAUGAAUGCAAAUUUAAUGAAUCCCCUUAAAGACUUUGCUAAGAAAGAAGAGCAUAAUAAUGCUUAGAAUAAAUCAGUUCUCAAUUCCUCCUAUCUAACACCUUUGAUAUAUAUGCUGGUUGGAACGAAAAAGAAGAGAAGCCUUUUAAAAACUAUCCUAGACCAGUUUAAUCACUCAUCAUUUCGAAUUAGAAGCCAAAUAAGAACUGCUACUCCUAAUCAGCGCAGGUCAAAACGAACUCAAUCUCAUAUGAAAGAAACAAAAAUUUUAUUAGACAUCUGCCCAAAGCAGUGUUUUAAUUAUCCAAUUCCUGCUUUUAAAACAAAACAAUUUUCUUAAAAAGAAUAAAUUAAAUAUUUUCAAGGGUUUUAUGAUAGAGAUGAGAAAUAAUUUGAUUGGAUGAGUAAUUUACUCUAAGUUAGGAAAAUUAAGAGAUGA